AGCCGGACAGCCGGUCGGACACCAACAACAUCGAACAACGUUGCGCAAUCGCGCAAGUGGGCGGGUCCGGAGCGGGUUGACAGCUCUUUGAGUCCAAAGCGAGUGAACGGGUGUCAUCUGUCCUUCAUCAUGCCGGAAACUAAAGAUACUCCUCCGGACUACUCCAAGACGCCGAUCGAUCAACUGUGGGCGGAUUGGAAGGCGGAACAUUCGAAAACGUACGAGACGAAGGAAGAGGAGGAGCGUCGUUUAGGGAUUUUCAAGAAAACGUUGGAAGUUAUCGCCAACGCCAACGCCAGAUACGUUAGCGGGGAAUCCACCUACUACUGUGGCCUCAACCAGUUUGCCGAUUUGGUUCGUAAAGGAAUCCCACGAGGUGUGCUGCGGUGGCGCUCGAUCGCGUAAACGCGAUGACAAAUGAUUUUGAUAAUGAUGAACUGUGAUAUGUCUUAAAGACAAAACCUUUGUAAAACUUAUGAAAUAAAUGUUAUAUUGUGUCUAUCA